UUUUAAUGAGCUCGUUUGCAAACUCAGUCCAGCAGCAGCGGCCGAGGUGGGAGGACCGGUGAGGGGGUGCCCAAAAAAAAAGAAAGGAGGGGGUGUCCUGCCCCCCAAAACAUCCCUGGGAUGGAGUGCAACAUCCCAGGGGGGCUGCGGGAAGAGGAGAGGGUGCUGGUGUCGGAGCAGAGCUGGAGACCCUGCCCCGAAGCCCGGAGGAGGCUCCGAGGGUGCCUGGAGUGGGUGAAGCGGCAGCUUUUCCGUGUCGGGGAGGAUUGGUAUUUCCUCUUCGUCCUGGGGGUCCUCAUGGCCACCAUCAGCUUCGUGAUGGACGUGGUCACCUCCAGGCUCUACCAGGCCCACCUGUGGCUUUACCAAGAAGUCGGUGACAUCUUGGCGCUCAAGUACCUCUCGUGGAGCAUGUACCCCACAGCGCUGGCAGCCUUCUCCACCGGCUUCUCCCAAAGCAUCACCCCGCACUCGGGAGGCUCUGGCAUCCCGGAGCUGAAGACCAUCCUGACGGGCGUGGUGCUGGAGGACUACCUGGCCAUCCAAAACUUCGGAGCCAAGGUGGUGGGGCUGACCUGUGUCCUGGCGUGCGGCAGCACCAUUUUCAUCGGCAAAGUGGGGCCUUUCGUCCACCUCACCGCCAUGGCCGCCGUGUAUUUGGGGAAGAUGCGGACCUCGGUCACAAAGGAGUAUGAGAACAAGUUCAAGCAGAACGAGAUGCUUGUGGCAGCGCAAGCCGUCGGGGUGGCCACAGUGUUCGGGGCACCUGUCAGCGGGGUGCUUUUCAGCAUCGAGGUGAUGUCCUCCCACUUCGCCGUGCGGGAUUACUGGCGGGGCUUCUUCGCCGCGACCUGCGGCGCGUUCAUGUUUCGCCUCCUCACCGUCUUCAACAGCGAGCAAGAAACCAUCGUUGCUGUUUUUAAGAGCGACCUCAGGAUUGAUUUCCCCUUCGACCUCGUGGAGACCUUCUUUUUUGUGAUUUUGGGGGCCGUUUGCGGGCUCCUGGGCUGCGCCUUCCUCUUCUGCCAGCGCUGGCUGCUGGCGGCCGUCAGGGAGAACCGGCUCACAGCCAAGCUGCUGGCCACCGACAAGCCCAUCUACACCGUGCUGGUGGUGCUGCUGUUCUCCUCCAUCACCUUCCCGCCUGGGCUGGGGCAGCUGAUGGCCUCCAGGCUCACCAUGAAGGAGUACCUCACCUCCCUCUUCGACAACCGCACUUGGGGCGCGCUGGUCUCCAACGCCACCGACCCCACCGGCGUGGACCCUCGGGGGCUCUGGCAGGAGUGGUGCCACCCCUCCGCCACCAUCUUCGGCACCUUGGCCUUCUUCCUGCUGAUGAAGUUCUGGAUGCUGAUCCUGGCCACCACCCUGCCCCUGCCCGCCGGCUACUUCAUGCCCAUCUUCAUCUACGGAGCCGCCAUCGGGCGCUUGCUGGGGGAGACGGUGGCCCUGCUCUUCCCCCGGGGCCUCCAUCUGGAGGGGGACCCGCGCCCCGUCAUCCCUGGCGGCUACGCCCUGGCCGGCGCGGCUGCCUUUUCGGGCUCGGUGACUCACACCAUCUCCACGACUUUACUGGUGUGUGAGGCCACCGGUUACCUGGGCCACCUCCUCCCCGUCGUCCUGGCCGUGCUGGUGGCCAACGCCAUCACCCAGAAGCAUCAACCGUCCUUCUACGACGGCACCAUCAUCGUCAAGAAGCUGCCCUACCUGCCCCGCAUCCGCAGCCGGCACGUGGCCUCCUACGAAGUGGUGGUGGAGGAGUUCAUGGAGCGCCGGGUGGUGGCCUUGGCCAAGGGUAGUGGCUUCGAGGAGGUGCUGGUGGCCUUGGAUGCCUCCGCCGAUGCCGAAUACCCCGUGGUGGAGACUGCAGGGUCACCCACGCUGGUGGGCACCGUCAGCAGAGCCCAGCUGGUCGCCUUCCUCCAGAGCCACGAGCACCCCCGGGCACCCCCGGGGCAGAAGCUGGCCACAACAGGGACGCUUGGGGACAACUGCGCCAUCGAGCCCGUCAUGCUCCAGCUCUCGCCGUGGACCUCCCUGCACCAGGCCCAUCACCUCUUUGAGCUGCUGAAGCUGCAGCGCAUCUUCGUUACCCGCUUCGGGGAGCUGGUGGGAGCCGUCAGCAGGGUGGAGCUGCGGAGAGCGAUCGAGGAGCUCACCAACCCCAAGUGAUGACUUCUGGGGACCCCAAGGGACCCCUCCCCAGGGAUGUCACCCCUGGAAAGAGGAGGGUCCUGGCCCCCCCCCCCAGGGUGAUCCGCUGCACCCCGCCAGGGGACCCCAGGAGUCCAGUCUGGGGCAGGGUGGGGAUAUUCUCCGGCAGAGUGUGCUCUUACAUUAAACACAUCAAUCCACCAA